CAUCCUCAAUCUUUCAAAAUGUCUCUUUCUACACCACUGACGCCUACAUUGGGGAAUCCAACAGUGAAUGCGUCGUUGCCACCUGGCAGGAAAGACGAGUGCCUUAUAACAACUUGGCCGAAUGGACAAUCAGCGCAAACGAUAUCGGCACCCUGUUCGAGUACUUCUUCACUUGCAAUAAACUCGCAACCUCCUCCACCUGCAGCAAACUCGCAACCUACCCCACCUAUAAUAAACUCGCAACCUGCCCCACCUGUAAUAAACUCGCAACCUCCCCCACCAUCCAGCGCGAAUAAUGGAGCCAGCACUAGUGUUCCUCUUGGACCAACCCAGAGCAACUCCUCAAUACUAUCAAGCUCCUCGCCGACUGGUAUCUCGAAAAUAUCCAAAGAAGGACUUUCUGACGGGGUAGUAGCCGGAGUUGCUAUUGGUACGUUCGUCGCCGGGCUGCUGAUUGCCGGUGCCAUCUUCUUCAUUAUGUUACGUCGCCAGACAAAAAGGCAGUCUUCCGCUGCCGCUUAUCAAAUGCAUCACUUUCCUUCCAACGUAGCGACCAUGCCACCGGGGAAAGGCCCCACGGUUGAUGCUAGCGCCGUUGCGAGUAGCAUUGACGACUUGCUUCCGCAGCCGGUAGCGGAUGAAACUAUCAAAGACGAGCUAUCGAAGAUCCGGGAUAAUAUUAAGAACCAUGCUCGGACAUAUUACCAGUCUACUCCAAUCUCUGUAGCGGGAAUACACGAAACAGGGUUGCGGGAUCUUGCGACUGCAACAGGUGUAAGCCCUUCCGCGCUCGGAAGCGCGUUGUCCAACUCAACCACUAGACAAGACGCACUGCGGCUUGUACUUGGUUGGGUUGUAUUAUCCAAAACGACUGGCGAACACGAUGUUAGUCUACUUCCUGCGGAACUCUCCAGGUUUGUUACUUCGAUUCCCGGGAGAGAUGGCAGUGAUACCAUCCAAUCGACCCUAUACAGCAAAUGGAAGACGAUUACAGGGGUUUUGUUGCAUCAGCGGUUCGGAAAGAAUACGCCAGGCCCCGACCGCGCCCAGAAUUUCGAGAACAUAAUCGCAGAGCUCGACUCAGUCCUAGCUCCGUUUGUUGAAGCGAGCUUGGAUAGUGUUCAACGCCACAAAAACCUCAACAUGAUACUUACGCGAACGGCAAACUUUGCUUUUCUCCUCUUCUCGCAGCCUGGUUCUUUCCACUUCGAUUUCUCAAGUGGAUAUGGUGGCUUGAUUGCGUUCCCAGCUUUGGUGCAAACUAUUAGUGACAAGGGGCAGGUGCUUCGCCCUCAUAGAGUACUUGUCGAGAAGGAGGUUGCGGCAUAA